AUGGGGAUGAUGCUAUCGCGCUUGCGGUGUUCUUCCCAGCCCACGCCACCAUGCAGCGCCGUCGCUUCUGUCUCGCUGCCACCCGACGCCAUCUUUGACAUCCUCUCAUGGCUGCCGUUGAAGUCCCUGUGCCGCUUCCGUUGCGUGUCCAGGGAGUGGCGCGCCCUCAUCUCCGACCCAGCCUUCAUCGCAGCGCACAAGGCUCGCUCCGAGCCUCUCAUCGCUACCAAAUCUUUCAGCGAGCCAACGACUCUACGGCUCACUGACAUGGACGGCAAUGUUGCGAAGCUGAUCAAUACCAGGGACCAUAUCUACAAAUUUGUCUGCACAAGCUCAGAUAACAUCAUAUGUGCCGCCGGCUAUUUCUUCCAACAAGCGACAGUGAUUAACAUUGCAACAGGAGAGAUAUUUGUGACCAGCAUUAAAGGUACCUUUAUGGGAUUCGGCCGUGCUACCCCAUCCGGUGUCUACAAGAUGGUUUGCAUCCAUCCCCGCUCCUCUAGCAUCCUCACCAUUGGAGAUGGCGCGGGGUGGAGGCAAAAGCAAUUCCCACCACCCAAGGGCAUCUCUUAUCAUAGCAGCCCUAUCGCGGUCAACGGUAUGUUAUACUUCGCAUCACAAUUACAUGGGGAUAGUGUACUCUGCUUUGACCUUGAGAGCGAGGAGUGGAAAAGGGGGAUUAAAGGCCCACCCGGUGUAGAACCUAAGCCGUGUCACAUCACUUUGGGCGAGCUAAACAGCACCCUAUGUAUGAUGCAACCAGAGGUCGACAAUGGAUUCACAACUAUAUGGCUCCUAACUAAUGCCGACAAGGGCACAUGGUUCAAGCUGUACACGAUCCCCUUGGACCCAUCUACAUACGAUCGUAUGAUACCUUUGAGGAUGUUACUUGAUGGUGGGAAACUGCUCUUCUACGUCACAUAUGAUUCCAUGAAAUUACCGAUGCUGCAAAUCUUCGACCCACAACAUAGGACAUGCUCGGACGCACCCAAGAUUCUAGCAGGCAGCAGGACAAAGACCGGUUAGACAGCAGCAUGCAUGAGGAUCUCCUAGUGGCUGCCCGUUAAGUUUCAUUCUCACAUAGAGUUGUAUCGCUACCUGUUUUAAUUCCAGUUGGGCUUGUUUGUGCUGUUGCCCCAGCGAAAUCUGCUUAUUUUCUUGACUUGCAAUUGAACCUUAUAUGGAUGUGGUUGUUUUAUUUAUGAAGUGCAGUGAAAUCCUGUUUCGAGAAAACUACCCAGCCAGGAUCUACUGCCCAAAAUACUCUAUGUUCUGUAAUUUUUUAUUUUGAAAAGUUUGAUGCGUCAAACAAAAUUAUUAACCUUCUCGAUUAAAGAAAAAUGGAGUAUGCAUAACUUCUCCUUGAAACCUGAAGAUUAGCAAGAGGGUCGUGUACACAUAGUACAGACUCAGCUUUCGGGGUGUAAUAUCCUAGAGACAAC